CUUAUUUAUGUUUGUGGAGACAUGUCUAAUUUUUUCUUUCUAAUUGUGUAGAAUGAAGUUGAUGUUAUUGAGUGGAGAGUGAAGAAACUUAAUUGAAAGGAAGAAGCUUUCAAUUAAUCAUGUUAUUUAUGGAUAAUUUGUGAUUUGCUUCAAUUUUCUUGAGUUUUCUAGAUUGGUGUUGAACAAUUUGUAUAGUUAAUUUGUGAUUUGCUUGAAUUUUCUAGAAUGGUGUUUUAUAUAUGGAUAAUUUGUAUUGAGAGAUUGAUAUUUGACUUUAAUUUUGAUAGGAACUUGUUAUUGUAAAUUUUUUACGACAAAAACCCGUGGGUACCUAUGAACCCGUGGAUACCCAGCGGGUUGGGUUGGGUUUGAAUUUUUCAAACCCAGUGGGUUUUACCCCGAUUUUUUUUCACGGAUAAACCCAUGGAUUUGGGUUUGGGUUUGACAAAACCCGACCCAACUCGACCCAUUGCCAUCCCUAACUAGGGCUGGGAAACAGUUUGGUUCGGUUUAAACUGGACCGGAUUGACCCAAUUUUUUAAAACCGUAUUGGAGAACUCCACAACCGAAGACGGGAUUGGUUGUUACCGGGUUUAAACCCCCAACUUCCAUCUACCUUCGUGAUUCUUUUUCUCCUUCUUCCUCUUCUAGAUCAAACCAAAUACACACAAGCAUGGCCUUCUUCUCCCUCGAGCACUCCUCUGGCUCGAUCUACCUAUGAUCUCGAUAGAAGUUAGAGAGGCGAGAAGAGUUGGAGCUGGAGAAGCGAUUGGAGUCGCGCGAGCCGGGAAGAGGAGAUCGAGCGAGAAAGGCAGCAUGCAAACUCUGGAGAGGCAAUGCAUGUCGUCGCCCGUCGCGUGUCGAGCGAUUAGUUCUCCUCAGUCGCCGUCACCAUCGCCAUCGCUGGGAAUUUGGAGAGCUCCGUCGCCGUCACCACUCACCAUCGCCGCCGCUCGGAUUUUCUUCUUCUCCUACUAUUGUGUGGUGGGUCGGUGAUUGGAAACGAGAGAAGCUUGAGGGUCAGAGGGAGAGAGAAGUGAGAAUAGAGGAGGCGGCGAUUAGGGUUUAGGCCUUUAGUGUGGUGGUGGCUGGGGGCGGGGGUGGGCUGGGGGCUGGGGGCUGGCGGUCGACUGGGGGCUGGGGGCUGGACUGGGCUUGGGACUGGGGCGCGCUGGGGGUGAGGUGGGUUGGGGUUUGUUUAUUUAUUGGUAUCCGGUUUUCCGGUUUUAACUGGAUCGGAUCGGGCUUGUGGGCAUUACAACCACAAACUGGAUUGGAUUGGUUGAGAUCCGAUUUCCUGUUACAACUGGCCGGUUUCCGGUUUGACUGGAAAACUGGGACUGGAUUUUCAGCCCUAUCCCUAACUGGAAACGAAAGGGCAAACGACAAAGCUUGCUUACCAGGCCGAUUCCACGUGUCGCCGGUGGUUCAUUGAGCUGCUUGGUUUGGUAGCCUACCUAUGGGCUCUGUCUAUUAUAUAUUGGGCUUUGCUGGAAUUGAUGGUCCUUAGUGGGGAGGACUUUCUGUGUGGACAGCUUCGAAGCCCAGAAGCACGGUAAUAGCUGUGAAGAAAAUGAAAUUGUGUUG